CGGUCCUCUGCGACUUCACGGGAUACACAAACGAAAAAAUGUUAGGAUAUAUCGUCUCAAGUAUGCGCACGGCGGAAUAAAAGUGCACAUCUUUUCUACAUAUAAUUUGUAGGAGAAGGCAAAUAUGAAUGUACUGCUUUUAAAAGAGCCCCGAGAGAGCGACAGCGGACCAGAUCCAUAUAUCAAGGAGCUGGCUAGACAUGGACUCUCAGCAACACUGAUUCCUGUUCUGUCUUUUAAGUUUGUGUCCCUGACUGCCUUGUCUGAUAGGGUUUUUCAGCCAGAAAAGCAUGGAGGACUCAUCUUUACAAGCCCGAGAGCAGUCGAGGCUGUGAAAAUGUGUAUUGAAAACAGCGCCCUGAGAGAAGAAUGGAACAUGGUAAAAGAGAAGUGGAAUGCAAAAUCAGUGUAUGUGGUUGGGAAAGCUACUGCAUCAUUAGUUGAGAGUCUGGGGCUUAACCCCCAGGGAGAGCACACCGGCACGGCUGACGUUCUGUCCCGGCUCAUUGUGGAAAGAGAAGAUCCGAAGAUUUUGCCUCUGCUGUUUCCUUGUGGUACUUUGAAGAGAGAAGUGCUUCCCACCACACUGAGGGAAAAUGGCCUUCCUCUGGAGGCUGUCACAGUCUAUCAGACAGUGGAUCAUCCUGAUCUGGAGAUAAACAUCACUCACUAUUUUUCUAAACAGGGAAUACCUGCCAGCAUUGCUUUCUUUAGUCCUUCCGGGGUAAAGUUCUGUUUGGAGCUGCUGAAGAGACUGGUCGGACCACAGCUGGACCAAAUAAAGUUUGCCGCUAUAGGCCCCACCACUGCAGAUGCUCUGGAGGCUGAGGGGCUGAGGGUCAGCUGCUUGGCUGAGAAACCCACCUCACAGCACCUCGCCAAGAGUGUCGUACAGGCCCUAAACACAGGCCCCUCAGACUGGUGACCUUUUGACCUGCCCCUGAAUCAGCGGAGUCUGUCCAGAUCAACAUAGAAAUUGAUAAGUUUUGAUUUAGCUUUCAGCUAUUUUGAUAUUUAGGCAAUCAUUAGUUAAAGUAUGCAUGAGAAGGCAAUCACUUAGACUAAUAUUUCCUAACCCAGUCCACGUUUCUGCUCAAUCCCCAUUCCCAACACAUUCAGUGCUCUUGAUUCCUUGGUUCAGGUGUACUUGGGAGCUAGGAAAGAACCUGGACUGCCUUUGAAAUAAAUUUAUGUGUUUCUAAUUUUAAUACUCUUAUUACAGAGAGAAAUUGUCCUCCAUGAUAAGUUCUGUUUGUCUGUAUGUUUCCUUUGAUUUCUCCCCCACCCCCUGGCUUCAAAACAAAAGUGGUUUUAGCCUCCUGUACACAGACCUAUAGAGUAAUUUAAUUGUUGACUAGAGAGCAGUUUGCAGUUCAAACCUGGUUAAAAUGAAACCAGAUAUGAAAAUCUACUGAAUACGGUGCAGUAAUAUGCAUGUAAGUUCUGUCAAGUUGUUAAAGUAACUACUGACAUUUGCUGGUUUUUAUCCUUUUUUUCCAAUUAAAAGGAGUAAUGUGCACACACAUGCCCCUCCCACUUCUCCUGCGUCAUGUGUAUGGCUUUAAGAGGGAAUGACCGGAGAUUUAGCAUCCUGUGUGACUUUUUGUACGUUUGGAUAUUGAAUUUGAAUAAAAUUCAGUGCGAAA